AGCGUUAUGUAGUGCUGUGUCGGUGAUGUUUUAUAUUAAAUCUUCAGCUGUGGCGCUCAGACUCUCUCUGAUUCCUCACUGAGAGCAUCUGAACCAACAGCAGCAGUGGAGAGCAGCGGGCAUCAUACAAUUAACCAGCACUUCUGGGGUGCCUGGCACUUCACCGAAGACAUGUCAGCAGAGGACGCAUCCAUGACACACCGUUGAGGAUCAGGGGUUAUGGAGUCUCUCUUCGGGGGCCAGUUGGGCUUGCUGGGGGGUAACGAGGGUCUUAAAGAAGAUGGCUGUGGGGUGGGCUGGUCGAACUCUCCCUUAUCAGAAGACAUGUACUCUGCCUCCCACUUCGCCCUCAUCAGCGCCUACCAGGACAUUAAGACCCGUCUGGCCGGCCUCGAGCGAGAAAAUGCAGACAUCAAAAGAAAACUCAAGAUUUACGAGAUAAAGUUCCCCAUGAUAAGCGAGUUUGGAGAUGACAGGAACUCCUACUGCUCCUUUGAGCCCAAAGACACAGCGCUGCUCCAGUCAGAGAAUGGCAGUCUGCAACAGAGAGUCAACAUCCUGACCCUCGAGCUUCAGAAGAGCAAGGAGCGAGAGGAGCAGCUUGAAGAUGUCAUUCAAGCCUAUGAGAAAAUCCACAUGGAGAAGUCCAGCCUUCAGCGAGACCUCGACAAGAUGACGUCUCUGGUGGAGAAACAUGUUGAGCGGAUCCACAGUUUAGAGGUGGCUCUGAGGCAGAGGGAGAGCUCACUACACAAACUCAACACACAGCUACACAAUAAAGACAUGCAGUAUCUGCAACUACACAGCCCUGACUCACAUAUGCUAGACUGCCCAUUGACCCUACAGAGCUCCCGAAGUCUGGACACCCUUUCUGACCUCAAACUGCAGCGUCUGGAGGCGGAGCUAGAGGGGGCACGGCACGAGGCUCAGGGGGCGUGUCAGAGGGAGGAGGAGCUAAAAGCUGAAUGUGAGAGGUUACGGGAAGAACUGAGAGAAUUGCAAAGCAACCAGAGACAGAGGGAUGUGAGUUCCACAUGUGGACAGUGUGAUGUGGAGUGGAUAAAGAAAGUUGGAGAUGAACAAGUAAAUCUGGCUUUGGCCUAUACUGAACUAACUGAGGAGUUGGGCAAGCUACAGGCUCUGACCUCGAAACAGACAGAGAUAUUGCGAAAAGCCUCACAGGAGCCGGCAAGCCCAGUGCAGCGCCACUCUCCUGUCCCUCACCAGAGGCAUUCUCCUGUUCCGCAGCGCCAUUCCCCAAUCCAACAGCGCCAUUCUCCCAUACAACAGCGCCAUUCGCCUGUUCCCCAGCGGCGCUCGCCAGUGCUGCAGCGUCUCUCUCCAGACAUGCAUCGUCGCUCGCCUCUGCCUGAGCUCAGCGACGGCCCCGCAUCCUAUUCCUGCAGGCCCACUUCCCACCACUUGAGGGCCAGUUUCCAAGGAAGACGCAGUUACUCUGAAGUAGCCGAUCCAUCAGCUUAUCAACGGCCCCCACGGUUCACUCUGGACCCAGUGUCCACUUUGCCAAAACCUCGACCAUAUGUUGACAGCUACCACAAGCAGCAGCAGCAACAGCAGCAGCAACACGGAGGAAGCCAGCACAUGUUAGUUCAAAGACAGGGCUCUCAGUCCGGGGUUGGAGGUGAUGGGGGUUUGGCUGAAUCUCCACGGCUGUCCAGGGAGCUGUCUUUCCACCACUCGGAUGUGUCCCACUUGCAUUUUGAGCCUCAGCCCAGCCCAGCACCUCUGCAUUCAUCCCCACAGCCUCCACAGUCCUCAGAGGAUGAGGAGGAGUGGUCCUGCCCUCAUCCCAUCAGUCCUCCGCGAACACUGGGGGUGUCGAGCCCCUCAUCAAGCUCCAGAGGCCCUGCCUCUUGUUCCGCUUUCCCCAUUCCUUCCCGUCCCAACACCCUUAGCUGUCACCCACCUGGAUACCUGCACGCAGAGCAUGCCCAGUCUUGGCCAUCCAUCAAUCUGUGGAUGGAGACAGAGGAGGAGGGUGACGUCAGGAGCUGCCCGCUGUGCCAGCUAAUCUUCCCUAUUGGUUACCCUGAUGAUGCCUUGAUCAAGCACAUUGACUCGCACCUGGAGAACAGCAAGAUCUGACACCCACAGCCACGCCAUGCCCAUGACCUUCUGUUGUUCCACAGUUACAUUCAUUCUUUGCUCCUGGUAUUUUUAGCCGGGUGCUUUCAGGCAGAAUGUAGGUGAUGCACCUGUGGCCAGUCUCCCAAUUUGAUAAGUGAAACGGAGAUCUGUGAUUACCUGCAAAACUCAAAUGUGUCAUGAAUAGCUUAUAUAUCUAUAUAUCGCUUCUUUUCAACAAAAAUGUAUUGAAAAAUGGUAACUUUUUAUUUUAAACACUUGUUUAUCAACAAUUAUACACACACUAAACCAAACUGACUGAGCAUAUUGCAAUAUUAAGGCUCUCAUUUCAGCUACAGUUCAACUACAGUUCCCAAGAUUAUUUGCAUUAUUUACACUUUAAUGUGGUCACAGAAUGUGCUUUGUGGCCAUUUUUGGAGAACUGGGUAGUUAUGAGGGUGCUAUACAGGAUGAGUUUGAGGGAAUAUUAGACAUAAUGGCCAAUGGUUGCAUUAUUUGAAUUUCAGCACUUUAUAUAAGCCCUUAAUAUCCAGUUUACCUUUAUCAAUAUUACUAACACUGAGGUAAAAAAUUUAAUAUUUCUAUAACCUUAUAGAAAUCAUUUAUUUUUUAAUACUCCAGGGUCUUGAAUACCCUUAAAUAUAUCUUAGUUUGGCAGGACUUCCCUUUAACAAAACUGAAUUCUUUGUAAUUAUCUGUAAAUUCACAAUCGCAUCUUUUUUUUUUUUUUUUGUCUUCCGGGGUGUUUGGCUGUACAAAGAUUUUUUCUUAAAAAUAUUCUUAAAGAAUUUCCUCUCAUAAUGUACAUAAUGAUUGCAGCUCUGUGCACACAGUUUAGCCAACCACUGACAAAGCAUCAGUUACUGUUGUUUCUCAAGACAGUAAUACUGUGAUUUCCAUAGUACACUUAGACAGCGGAAUGUUUUUGAUGUAAUUACUUAAGAAAAAUUGCUUUGACAAAAUAUAUCUGUUCGUCUGAUCACAUCACAGAGCGCAAUCUGUUUUAUCAGUUCAAACUUUUUUAAUGUACUGUAAAUGUAUAUCUGUAUUUAAAGCCAAUUAUAUGUAUUAACCUAUAUAAUAUAGAUAUGCAUUUUUCAAGCUUGGAUAAGAGCAAAUGGAAAACUACUGGAACUGGUAAUUCAAUGUUUUGUAUUACUGUGAUCCAAAUGAUACAGCACCAAUUUGAGUGUGUUUAAUUAGUGUUUAAUUAUCUUACUAUUCCCUAUUUUUCCAGGUGUACCUUAUACUAUGUUAUAAAGUCUUCUUUCUCGCUACUUUCCCUGAUUCUGCAGACUUUGUAAAAAUGAGGGCACUGGAUCUGCUACUAACCCAAAUACAGAGGAACUAAAAUGGGAAAGUAGCACAAAAAAGUCAUCACUGGUGCACAUGUGCAAAAUUACGAAGCCAAAUAUAGCGAAGUGCAAAAUAAGAAGCUAUAUGCUGUCUGUCAAAUAACUGGGUGGAGGUUUCAUUCAAUUGGUCAUCUAAUUUGAUGUGGUAAUUGCUAAUAUUCUGGAAAAUACCAUUCCAGAUGUUGUAAAUAUACGAAUCUAUGAUGAAAAUAAACGUCUAUGAUGUCACCAUUCCAAAUACCAUGAAAUACAAGUGUGGAUAACUGAAAUGCCAUCAAUGCAACCAAAGACACAGUCUGCUUGUUUUUUUUAAAAUUUCUUUUCACACAUGACCAAGCACCACUUAAGAAUAUUACCCUGAAAUAUGGUGCGACUGAAACAUGUGGAAGAACAUUUUCGAUGAAUAGUGUGCAGACGUGGAAAGAUGCAGCUAAAGUGUAAAGACAAAAGACAUUCUGCAUAAUCACCCACAAGUUUCCAUAUACAGUAUUCAUAUAUAUAUUAUAUCUUGUCUUGCACCCUUGUCCAUGAACAUGCAGAGUAGAAGCAAAGUAAAACUUCAGCCACUAUUCACAAAGAUUCGCUCAGGAGUUGUUUACAGUAAAGAGCUAUUGCUGUUACCUUGCUCCUCAAGACAGUGUUUUUUUUUCUCAUGCAAAGGCAAAUUAGCAAACGGAAUUCUUUUCUGGAUGCUCAAAGUCUCUCUUUUGCCCUGUAGUUUGGUGUGUGAUUUCUUUGUGAUAUAACUCAGGGGAUAAAGCUUUGUGAAUAUGGCUCCUUGACCAUACACAACUAACCUCCACUGGGACAAUAUGAGAAUUCGCCAAAUCUAUUGAAGAGCCAAGAGGACGCUAAUGGGGAAGAGAGAUUUUGUCAUACCAACAAGGUAUACUUUAAAGAAAGAAAAAAAAUGAAUGCAUAUUGUGUCAAAAAAUGUUCUGUAAAUAUUAUGAA